AUGGACUCCUAUACUAGCACCCGCGAGGAUUCCAGACCUCCCGCAGAUUCCUACAGACGGCGCUCGCCAGGUUCCGGAGAUCGCAGAGCUGCUAGACGGCGUUCGCGCUCGCCUCAGAACAUCGACCGUUACCAACCUGAUCGCGCUCGCGAUUACGACCAGCCACGCCGCGAUGGAAACCGACGGCGAUCUUCCCCUCCACCGGUACAAGCUGGUAUCGACCGCUACGUGCCCGGCCAGGACAACUUUGCGCCAACCUUCACCACCAAUCCAAUACCCAAUCCGAUGAACCUUGAAUACCAAGUAGGCUUCAACUACUUCGCCGAGUGGUGGCGUGUUGAACAGGUCAUGAAGGAGGAGAAGGAGCGCGCAAAGAAUGGCGGGCGAAAGCCCGUCCUGAAGGGAGAGCGCGAAGCUAGAGAAGAAAGAGGCAAGGAACGUGAACAAAUCCAAGCUGCGUACGACGAGUACAAGGAGAAGCUCCAGGUGCAGAUGGCAAAGACCUUUGUCGACAAGCACAAGAGUGAUGAAUGGUUCAAGGAGCGCUACGAUCCCGAGUACGAUGUUGCUUUUAAGCAGAAGCUCCGUGGAUAUCGCCAAAGCAUCUAUAUGGACUGGGAGCGACAGUUGGACGAGGGCUACUUUGAUGAGUUCACGCUUGAGGGUAUCUAUAAGAACGACUCGAACGGCGCUGGUGGCAUUGUUGAAAAAGAAGAAGGCGAGACAACCGCCGCCAACGAAGUGCUGGGCGUAGGGGAUCUCUUGCCUUGCAAAGGUGGCGAGAUACGUGAUGAAUCAGCCUUUCAGCCGACCCUACUUAUCAAGACUAUUGCGCCAACCGUCAACCGUGAGAAGGUCGAAGAGUUUUGCAAGGAGCAUUUGGGCGAUGGCCCCGGUGGCUUCAAGUGGCUCAGCAUGAGCGAUCCAAACCCGUUGAAGAAGUGCCAUCGUAUCGGCUGGGUCAUCCUCCACCACAGCGAUGAACAGCCCAUGGUGCUCGAUGACCGUGGUGAUGCGCGCGACGAGGAUGCCGAAGAAGGUGCCGUUGAUGAUACCAAGCCUGAAGCUGCUCAAGGUCCUCUCGGUACUGCGCAAAAAGCCCUCGAGGCUCUCAAUGGCAAGACUGUUCAAGAUGACGUUCGUGGCAACUUCACGUGCCACGUCGGUAUCCACGAACCGCCUGCAGCCCCACGUAAGAAGGCACUUUGGGAUCUCUUCUCUGCUCCUGAGCGGAUCGAGCGUGAUCUGGAGCUAGCCGAGCGACUUGUCCGCAAACUGGAUUACGAGCUCAAGGAGAACAACGAAGAGUUUGGAGAACUCGAUGGUGUCAGCAAAAUUGACCAGCGAGUCGAGGACCUCCGUUCAAAAGGCUGGCUCCAGCCCCCAGCAAAUGCGCCGGCGCCGCCCAAGAAAGAGCGCGAUCCGGAAGAGCUUGAAGAGGGCGAGGAUGAAGCCAUGGAAGAUGAAGAGGGCGCGUACGACGAUGAAGUCGACGACGAAGAGCUUUUGGUCAAGAAGAAGAAGCUCGACCUUCUCAUCGAAUAUCUACGACGGGUGUACAACUUCUGCUUCUUUUGCGUGUUCGAGAGCGAUUCCGUUCAUGAGUUGAUCCGCAAGUGUGCAGGUGGGCAUCUUCGCCGCCCUCGUGCUAGUUUGACAACUGCGGCAAAGGCCACAGCAAGGGCAACUGCCACAGGGGAGCCAUUUCCGUAUAGGAAGCAGGAAUCUUCCGGCGAUAUUGAGAACGGCGAGGGAAGUCCCGUGCAAGAGAGGAAGCCCAUGAAACUGAGCGGAAAGAACCAACAGCAACUGCAGCGAGCUUUCAACUGGGUCAAGACGUACGAGGAGAAGCUUCUUCAGCUACUCGAACCGGAGAGUGUUGACAUCAGGAAGCUUGGGGGCAAACCUCUGGAAGAAGCUAUGGAAGACGAGCUUGCUCGAUAUGUCAAGCAAGAAGAUGAGUCCAAGUGGCGCUGCAAGGUCCCAGAGUGUACAAAGCUCUUCAAGGGGCAGCACUUUUGGCGUAAGCACGUGGAGAAGCGUCAUCCGGAGUGGCUUGAGAAGCUUGAGAACGAUCUCCGACUCGUCAACAGCUAUGUCGUCGAUCCCGCACACAUUGCCCCGUCACGCAGCGAUGCGAAUAGCAACGGCCACUUCCCAAUGGGCAACCAUAUCCAAGCUACCGGAACACCACGAGGGUUCAACCUAGCUAACAUGAAUAUGGCCAUGACCGGGAAUAAUGGUAUGCAAAACGGCCUCAACCUGCAAGCGCUCUUCAACCCUGCCAUGGGUGGGAACUGGGAUCCCAAUGCUGUUCACGAUGAUCGCGCUGGGGCGAUGCGACGAGGCGGUCACCGUUUCAACAAUCGCGCUGGACCGUAUGAUAGGCAGCCUCGAGAUGGGCGCAACCGACCUAACGGUGGGGUUGGACGUUUGACACCCCCGCCACGUGGUGGGAGGCCUGGUGGUCCCCAGCGAUAUGGCGAGGGUGGGCCUGGUCCUGUGCAGUCUGUUCAGGGUCGGUCUAUCAAGAGCUACGAGGAUCUGGAUGCUGUGGGUGGGGGAGGUAGCGGAGAGCUCAACUACUAA